AUGCCUCCCACAACCAGAUCGCAGGCUCAACGGCAAGUGCCCCAACAACAAGACGACGAGGACUCAUCCGAGUAUCACGACUCCAGCUCCGAGUCCGAGUCCGAGAGCGGCUCAAGCAGCGACGACGCCAUGAGCGAAGACGACGACGAUGACAACGGGGAGGGAGACGAGCCAAACGUUGUCACGUCUCCCUCCAAACUAUCUUACAGACUAGACAGGCUGUCUCCCGAGGACCGCAAGCGCGUCCGCAAGACCUUCAAGAAGCCGCCGCAGCUCUCCCUAAAGCUCUGCCUCCUCCACGACAACCACUACGGGUUCGAGAUGACGGAGCUGGUGCACCGCUCCAUCCGCAUCGGAGGCCCCGGCAGCCGCUGGAACGGUCUUCACUGCUCCUGCAGGGCGACAGACAGCCGGGACGGGCUGCCUUGCAAGCACCUGAUCUGGCUCCUGGACCAGGUCGUCAAGCAGACGCUGUACGACCACGACCCGGCGUCUCCGCUGACCAUGACGCCCGGCGGCUUCCCAGAGGAAAUCGGCGACCCGUACAGCGACAUAUCAGCUUUCCACUCAGACGUGCUCGCCGACGGCCUUCACGUCUUCAACCCCGACUUCGGAACCGGAGACGACUCCGAUGACUCGGAUGCCUCCGACGAAUCCGACGAAUCCGAUUCCUCGGAAGAAGGCGACACAUCGCGCCCUCUCGACCGGCCCAUCCCCCAUCGCAUCCAGGAAGUGCGCGAGAUGCUCUCCGCCAUCUCCUCCACCGCCCCAGAGGACUUCCGCCCCGACCUCCUCUCCUCGCCGACCUCCUCCUCCCGGCGCAGCAAAAAGAGCCCCAUCAAACGGCGCGACCUCGAGGCCACCGUCUUCCGCAUGCUCCUCGCCAACGACGAGUUCUUCCACUACUUCCUCUCCCAGAUGCGCUCCACCGACCCCGUCAACGACCCCUUCCGCAAGCUCUCCCAGCGCGUCGACCGCGUCCUGCACGAGCUCGACGCCUUCGCCGCAGGAGACCCCUCCCGCCCCGCCUCCGCAGAAGGGCCCCGCGACGUCGCCUGGGCCGCCCGCCACAUCACCGGCGUCGUCGCCCUCAUCCGCACCAACAUCUUCAACCGCGAGCGGCCCCUCGAGCCGUGGGAGCGCUCCAGCGCCGCCCGCGCCCUCGUCCGCAUCCUCGCCGGCGUCGUCGAGCGCAACCGCGACUUCGUCCCCCCCGGUCUGAGGACGGCGGCGUCCGUCCCGCGGCAGGACCGGAACCUCUUCCUCCGCCUCGUCGGCGACCGCGACGAGGGCUUCGUGCUGAACGUCCUCGACCUCCUCCCCCCGGACGCCGCCGCGCCGUUCCUGCACACCCUCGAGGCCAUCCAGGACCAGCUGGGCGUCCACGGAGCUCCCGCGAGCUACGUCGAAAAGUUCCGCUCGCUCAUGUCGCGGCUGAGGAGGCGGGCGAGCGUCGGGUCCUCUUCGACUCCUGCCACGGGAUCCAAACGGCAGAGUCAGGGUCCGGAUCGAGGCAGCAAGAGGGUGAAGUGA